UCUGACCGAGUGGGUUUAGUUACGUAAACAUGAAUGUUUAAAACCUACUAAACUUUACUUUUUUUAACUUAAAAAAUGGUUUCGAAGUAUUUCCUUUGUUUGUGCCUCGUUGCUGCUUCAGCGACACAUGCUGUUGCAGAAGAGUCUUCAGUAGAAGUAAGCGUGAAACAGCUGACUGUAGCGCUGGGAGAUACUGGAUCAGUAACCUGCACCCCUGGAGGGUCGCCACUACCUCAAGUCCAGUGGAAAAAGCAUGGAGGCCAGUUCGGAGCUGGAACCAAGCAAACCGGGAAUACGCUGAUAAUAAGCAACGCCCAAAUAAGCGACCGAGGGUAUUAUCUCUGCGGGGGUAUUGUGGACCGCAAGGUUGUCACACAGCAGUACGUUCUGGUUGAAGUGCAAGAAGUGCAACCGCCCAGGCCACAGACGCAACCACAAGUCAGGCCACAGCCCCAGCUAACAGCCAGGCCACAGCUAGUACCAGCUAGACCGCAGCCUCAGACUCAAAACGUGCCUCCGAGAGUCAGAGUCAGUUUGAGGCAAAUAAAAAUAACGAGAGGGCAAAGCGGGACUGUUGACUGCUCGCCCGAGGGUUACCCGCUGCCUAGGAUUCAGUGGAGCAAGGAGGAAGGCGAUUUCAACAGCCGAGUGCGGCCUAGCGGAAACAGCCUGGUGCUAUCCAACGUUCAAGAUGGCGACGGGGGCAACUAUAUAUGCAACGGGCUUGUGGACGCCACUACUGUUUGGACUGAGUAUGUCCAAGUCGUCAUUGCACCAGGUAGGGAAGCAGUGCCAUUACCUUAUCGUCCAGCGCCAGAGCAACUUCCUAAACCGCUUGACGUGUCAGUAGCCGAAGGCCGAGAUAUUAUAAUAAGUUGUGACUUCAAAACUGGCGACGACCAGCAGGUGGUGUCGUGGGCCAGGCUCGACCAGCGUCCGAUGCCUCAAAACGUUCAAGCGAACGGCAGAGAGCUCAUCUUUCAGAGAGCAACCACCGACCACGCUGCCGAGUACCUCUGCAAAGUGAGAGGCGGGGGCUUCCUAUUACGUCAACUGUACCUCAGAUUGGAUGUUCUCGCGUUACCUCGCGUUACCAUUCGGCCAGAGAGACCAACUGUGACACGUGGGGAAGAACUGACGUUAGAGUGUGUGGCUGAAGGCAACGCUCAGGUGUCUUGGGAACGAGUUGGUGAAGCUUUCUCUAGUCGUGUAGAGAACCGAAGCGCUCAGCUUAUCUUCCGUAACAUAGAAGUGGACGACGCAGGAUCUUACAGAUGCAUCGCUCGGAACAAAGCUGGGGAGACUGCUCAAACCACUCAAGUUGUUGUCAAUGACUACCACAUACCAGAUCUAGAAGUACCACAGCCACAAAUACAACCCCCAGCGGCCCCAGCCAGUCCCAGAGUGACAGUCAACGUGCGUCAAGUGAAGAUACCACGAGGUGGAAGCAGAACUGUGGACUGUUCUGCUGAAGGAUCUCCACUACCGAGGGUUCAGUGGAGCAAGGGAGAAGGCGAAUUUGGCAAUGGCGUCAGCCAGUAUGGAAACUCUCUAACAAUCACCAACGCGCAAGAAAGUGACGCAGGGGACUAUGUUUGCACGGGCAUCGUGCAAGCGACACCGGUGUGGACGGACUACCUGCAAGUUGUUAUAGAAGAUGUGCCAUCACCACCACCACAGCCAGAAGCCAGCCCCAGAGUGACAGUCAACGCGCGGCAGCUGAAGAUACGUCGGGGAGAAAGUGGCACCGUGGAUUGUUCUCCCGAGGGAUCUCCUCUGCCAAGGAUUCAGUGGAGCAAGGGAGAAGGUCAGUUCGGCAAUGGCGUCAGACAGGAUGGAAACUCUCUAACAAUCACCAACGCGCAAGAAAGUGACGCAGGGGACUAUGUUUGCACGGGCAUCGUGCAAGCGACACCUGUGUGGACGGACUACUUGCAAGUUGUCGUUGAAGAUGUGCCGCCACCACCACCAACACCACAGCCACAAGCCAGCCCCAGAGUGACAGUCAACGCGCGGCAGCUGAAGAUACGUCGGGGAGAAAGUGGCAACGUGGAUUGUUCCUCCGAGGGAUCUCCUCUACCGAUAAUCCAGUGGAGCAAGGGAGAUGGUCAGUUCGGCAAUGGCGUCAGACAGGAUGGAAACUCUCUAACAAUCACCAACGCGCAAGAAAGUGACGCAGGGGACUAUGUUUGCACGGGCAUCGUGCAAGCGACACCGGUGUGGACGGACUACCUGCAAGUUGUUAUAGAAGACGCACCAGAACAGCCACAAGGCAGCCCUAGAGUGACAAUCACCGAGCCCCAAGUCAGAUUACCAAGAGGGGGAAGCAAGAAGGUUGAAUGUGUGCCCGAGGGAUUCCCAUUGCCUAGGGUUCAGUGGACGAAGGAAGAGGGUGACUUUGGUGCCGGUGUGGAAAUACAGGGAAAUACACUAAUAAUAUCAAAUGCUCAAGACUCGGACUCAGGGAAUUACGUGUGCUCUGGAUUAGUGCAAGCUACGCCCGUCUUCAGCGAUUACUUACAAGUUUUGGUAGAAGACGUGGAACCUGCCACUGAAGCACCGUUGUCCCAAAACCCGCCGACAGUGAAAGUGAGCGAGUCUCAAGUGAGAAUAACGGCCGGAGAGACCAAAACUGUCGACUGCUACCCUGAAGGGUACCCGCUGCCUACCGUCCAGUGGACCAAGGAAGGAGGCCAGUUCACCAGCAGCACGAGGCAAGAAGGCAAUUCUCUGACUAUAUCCGAGGCAACUGAAGACGACACGGGGUACUACAUAUGCAGUGCCAUCGUGGAUAACACCGCUGUGUAUACUGACUACUUGACUGUUGAAGUGGAGAAAAAGAAAAUCGAUAAAAGUAUAUGCAAGUUAGCGGUGGAGACUAGCUGGUGCUAUGGCCUGCGCUGGUACUACGAUAUUAAUGAACACAAAUGCGUUUCUUACGCCUGGGGUGGCUGCGGAGGAAACGCCAACAAAUUCGACACCGAAGAGGCGUGCAACCUGGCGUGCGGUGGCGAGUAACGGCACAAGAGGAACUGGCUAGUGCGACAAGCGACAAGAACUACUUGAAUCAAACUUAAGCCUCAUUUAGACGGCGCGCGAACUCGCACGCGAUUUUGAUUGCCGACUGUUGAGGUUACAUUUGUUGGUCAAUCAAAUGCCGUAUUUUAUUAUUGUACCUACAGAUGUAGAUCGAAAUGUUUUUUUCUUCGUGGUUUCACGGAAACUCACGAAUGUGUCAUGCUAUUUCAUUCAGUCCCAG